CCUUUAAGGGCUCCUCCUCUGAGCAGUGCCACCGGGGUGUGUGUAGGGGGGGAGCCCAUCCCCUGCGGCAGCCUUUCCAGUGCUCCCGGGGAGAUGGCACAGGCUCAAGAAGCCGCUCACACGCCCUGUAUGGAGCCGAAACUCCGAGCGCUGCGGGGAGUUUGCCCUUAAAAGCUGGCGCCCCGCGGAGCGCGCAAGGCGCGGAGACAGGGGCGCACGGAGAGGCGCGGGGAGAAGGGCGCACGGAGCUCCCCCGCCGAGAUGGCUCCUUGGCCCCAGGGCAACGCCACCUCCUGGGGGGACGCCGCCACCAACUGCACGGGGGCCGCCAGCCUGAGCCAGCAGUGGGCCGUCGGGGCGGCCCUGAGCCUCACGGUGCUGGUGAUCGCGGCCGGCAACCUGCUGGUGAUCCUGGCCAUCGCCAAGACGCCGCGCCUGCAGACCAUGACCAACGUGUUCGUCACCUCGCUGGCCUGCGCCGACCUGAUCAUGGGCCUGCUGGUGGUGCCGCCGGGGGCCACCAUUGUGCUGAGCGGCCACUGGCCCUACGGCACCACGGUGUGCGAGCUGUGGACCUCGCUGGACGUGCUGUGCGUCACCGCCAGCAUCGAGACCCUGUGCGCCAUCGCCGUGGACCGGUACCUGGCCAUCACCUCGCCGCUGCAGUACGAGGCGCUGGUGACCAAGGGCCGGGCGCGGGCCGUGGUGUGCCUGGUCUGGGCCAUCUCCGCCUUCGUCUCCUUCCUGCCCAUCAUGAACCACUGGUGGCGGGACGGGGCGGACGAGGACGCGCUACGCUGCUACCAGAACCCGCGCUGCUGCGACUUCGUCACCAACAUGCCCUACGCCAUCCUCUCCUCCAUCAUCUCCUUCUACGUGCCGCUGCUCGUCAUGCUCUUCGUCUACGCGCGGGUCUUCGCCGUGGCCAGCCGGCAGAUCCGCCUCAUCCAGCGGGACAAGGACCGCUUCCUCCCGGGGGCCCCCGGCGCCAAGGGCCCCCGCCGGAGGAGACCCUCCCGCCUCCUGGCCAUGAGGGAGCACAAGGCGCUCAAGACCCUGGGCAUCAUCAUGGGCACCUUCACCCUCUGCUGGCUGCCCUUCUUCGUGGCCAACAUCGUCAAGGUCUUCUACAGGUCCCUCAUCCCCGGCCAGGUCUUCCUCCUCCUCAACUGGCUGGGCUACGUCAACUCCGCCUUCAACCCCAUCAUCUACUGCCGCAGCCCCGACUUCAGGAGCGCCUUCAAGAGGCUGCUCUGCUGCCCCCGGAGCGCGGACCGCCGGCUGCACGCCGUCUCCAGGGACCUCCGCCGGUGCCCCUGCGCCUUCGCCUCCCAGGGGGCCGCCCCGGCGGACAGCAAGCCGGUGGCGCAGGGGCAGCAGCCCGGGCAGGCGGGGGAGGAGGACGGGGGGACCAGCAGCAGCAGCAGCAGCAGCCGCUCCAGUUGCAGGACUGAGGAGACCAACCUCUCCUACCGCCAAAGCAAUGGGCAUGGCAGCGCCCCGCGUCCCCUUAGGGAGGCCCAGCUGCAGGGCACCCAGACCACGCUCUGUCCGCAGCUGGAAGAAUUUACCUGCAAUGAAGCAAAAGCAGGUCCUUGAGUGUGCUUGAAAGGGAAGGAAAAAGAGAAGAAUGAAUGUGUCAAAGCCCUCAGCUGGGUUGUUGCUCUUGGCUUAUGUGCCAGCUACUAUCCACCUGAAAAAAAGGAAUCAGACAUGUAAG